AGGAUAUGCGGGCCAAAUGGUAGAUGGCCGUAAAGCUCUUCGAGAGAUGCUUGAUUGGCUACAAGAAGAGUAUGAGAUUGUUUGUGAGUUGCUUUAUUACACGAAAGAGCAAUGGGCGAUAGCAGAUGCUGUAGCUCAGAAAUAUGAAAAUCAGUCUACUUUUGAAUCCACUGGCCAAACUAAGGAUGCGAAAGAUGAAGAAAUCAUUGCUCUUCGGGAGGAAGUUGAGUAUUGGAAAGACCAGCUGGUGAUUGUAUUGCAACAGCUCAAAGAAAAAGAGAACGAAGCACAAUCUCUUCGAUCAAACAUGCGUAGAUUUUUCCUAAGUGAGGAAGAAAUGGAAGAAGUUGUUGCUAAGAGGUGUUGGCUUUCUCGUUAUUGGGGUCUAGCUCUUCAUUAUGGUAAUUUUCAAUCUUCUUGUCUUCCAUAUCUCUUUCCAGAGAUUGCAAAGCGGAAACAUGAGCACUGGGCAGCAUUAGCGCCUAUUCCUCUUGAACUGGUCAUUUCUAUUGGAGAAAAAACUAAGGAAGAUUUUGAGAACCAAGGUAACGAUGAUUCGAAGAGGAGUAAACUUGCACGGGAUGUGAUUAAAGAUAUAAAGGGAAAACUCAAUAUCGAGAGCAUGCUUGCAGUUGAGAAAGGAUUAAGGGAACUAAUUUUUUUGAAGGUAUUCUUCUAUCGUUGA